GCGGGCCCGGGAGGCGGCGGCGGCGGCGGCGGCGGCGGCGGCGGCUGGUGUCGGCUCCGGGCGGCCCCCGCGCCGCAGCCCGCGCCGUGUCCGCGGCCGAGCCGCCCAGGUGCCCACGAGGAUGGUGGCGCGGCCCUAGGCCCACGCUCCGCACCAUGACCCGCUGGCUCAGCAGCCUACUGAGCUUCCAGCUCCUCCUGUUGCCCGCGGCCGCGCCCCCGGCGCCCGGCUGCCCGGCCCGGUGCGAGUGCAGCGCCCCGGCGGCGCGCGCCGUGGUCACCUGCGCCCGGCGCCGCCUGACGGCCGUGCCCGACGGCAUCCCCGCCGACACGCGCGUGCUGGAACUCAGCCGCAACCGCAUCCGCUGCCUGAACCCGGGCGACCUGGCGGCGCUGCCGGGCCUCGAGGAGCUGGACCUGAGCGAGAACGUCAUCGCCCACGUGGAACCGGGCGCCUUCGCCAACCUGCCGCGGCUGCGGGUGCUGCGUCUCCGGGGCAACCUCCUGAAGCUCAUCCCGCCGGGCGUGUUCACGCGCCUGGGCAACCUCACGCUGCUGGACCUGAGCCAGAACAAGCUGGUCAUCCUGCUGGACUACGCCUUCCAGGACCUGCGCAGCCUGCGGCGGCUGGAGGUGGGCGACAAUGACCUGGUGUUCAUCUCCCGCCGCGCCUUCGCGGGGCUGCUGGCCCUGCGCGAGCUGACCCUGGAGCGCUGCAACCUCACGGCGCUGUCGGCCGAGUCGCUGGGCCACCUGCGCGGCCUGGGCGCGCUCCGCCUGCGCCACCUGGCCAUCGCGGCGCUGGACGAGGAGAACUUCCGUCGGCUGCCGGCGCUGCGGCACCUGGAGAUCGACCACUGGCCGCUGCUGGAGGAGCUGGGCGCGGGCAGCCUGCAGGGGCUCAACCUGACCUCGCUGUCCGUCACGCACACCAACAUCACGGCCGUGCCGGCCGCCGCGCUGCGCCACCAGGCGCAUCUCACCUGCCUCAACCUCUCCCACAACCCCAUCAGCACCGUGCCCCGAGGCUCGUUCCGCGACCUGGUGCGCCUGCGGGAGCUGCACCUGGCCGGCGCGCUGCUGGCCGUGGUGGAGCCCCAGGCCUUCCUGGGGCUGCGGCAGAUCCGCCUGCUCAACCUGUCGGACAACCUGCUGUCCACGCUCGAGGAGAGCACGUUCCACUCGGUGAACACGCUGGAGACGCUGCGCAUGGACGGGAACCCGCUGGCGUGCGACUGCCGCCUGCUGUGGAUCGUGCAGCGGCGCAAGACGCUCAACUUCGACGGGCGCCUGCCCGCGUGCGCCAGCCCGGCCGAGGUGCGCGGCGACGCCCUGCGCCACCUGCCCGACUCGGCGCUCUUCGAGUACUUCGUGUGCCGCAAGCCCCAGAUCCGCGAGCGGCGGCUGCAGCGCGUGACGGCGGCCGCGGGCCAGCCCGUGCGCUUCCAGUGCCGCGCCGACGGCGAGCCGGCGCCCACGGUGGCCUGGGUGACGCCCCAGCACCUGGCCGUCACCGCGGCCAGCGCCGGGCGCGCGCGCGUGCUGCCCGGGGGCACCCUGGAGAUCCGCGACGCGCGCCCCCAGGACAGCGGCACCUACACGUGCGUGGCCAGCAACGCGGGCGGCAACGACACCUACUUCGCCACCCUGGCCGUGGAGCCCGAGCCGGCCGCCAACCGGACCCCGGGCGAGGGGCGCAACGAGACGCAGGCGGCCGCGCGCUUCCCGCUGGACCUCACCACCAUCCUGGUGUCCACCGCCAUGGGCUGCAUCACCUUCCUGGGCGUCGUGCUCUUCUGCUUCCUGCUGCUGUUCGUCUGGAGCCGCGGGCGGGGGCAGCACAAGAACAACUUCUCCGUCGAGUAUUCGUUCCGCAAGGUGGACGGGCCGGCGGCCGCCGCGGGCCAGGGCGGCGCGCGCAAGUUCAACAUGAAAAUGAUCUGACGGGGGUGGGGGCCCGGC